AUGCCUAAAAAAAAAGGUCAGAAUAAAAAAAAGAAUAAUCAAGCACUUUCAGACUUCACAUUAAAUGAUUGUGCUAAUGCUCCAAAACCUGUAGCAAGGGUGACCAAGUUAGUUACCACAGAAUCUGUGGUAUCAAAUCUAUCUUGGGAUGAAAUUUUCGACAAUGACUUAGAUAUUGUCGAAGAAGUAGAUGCAGAUGGCUCUAAAAGUAUUGUGUUCAAGAAGAAACGUAAUCAUUCCAAAACUGAGCUUGAAGAUGUUGAAAAUCGCCCUGGUUCCUCGCACUGGUCAGUGUAUUUCAAGCUAAAGAAGUUGCAGCCAAUGCAAAGGAUAGAAAUGAAUAAAAACAUUGGUUUUAUUGAGGAGCUGAGUAGGAUUGAUGCCAAUCCUGAUGAGGAUAGUCAAGUUUUACAGGUAACCUGUCAAAACUUCUAUGAAGUACCACCGCUGAUGGGAAUGACCUUAUCAUCGGUUAGUGUAGUGCUUUCCCAAGGCUUCCGGCACCGCAGGCUACACUUGGGAUUCAACACUGGGGACCAUAAUGUAUCAAAGAACAUUCUCCCAGAAUGUUCAGUUGUGUUGGACACGGUUAUAAACAUUUACGUAUUUGACUGGUGGCACCCUAAAUACCCUCAUUUUGACAACCAACUGCCACUCAAUGUUAUGGAUGAUGAAUCAGUGCCCGUUCUGAAGACAGAUUUCUUUACUGUGUGCAAUGGGGACCUG